AUGGCUCGUGGCUCUAAUACUAAUCGUCCUCCUCAAGCUUAUGCUUCCUUUGGAUCAUCAGCCUCCAUGGAUGACAGUUCUAGUCUUUAUUUUUUACAGAGUGGUGACCAUCCUGGGUUGAUUUUGGUCUCCCAUACACUCUCUGGUUCUAAUUUUCAUUCUUGGCGUCGCGCCAUGGUUUUCGCUUUAACUGCCAAGAACAAAUUAUCCUUUGUUGAUAGUUCCCUUCUUCGACCUCCUUCAACUGAUUUGCUGUUUCCCGCUUGGAUCCGCUGCAAUUCCAUGGUUAUUUCAUGGAUUCUUAACUUAGUAUCGAAGGAAAUUGCUGACAGCCUUCUUUACUUCUCCAAUGCAUAUGAGGUUUGGACAGAUCUGGCUACAAGGUUUUCUCAAGCCAAUGGUCCCCGUAUUUUCCAGUUGAAGCAAUAG